CGGCGGUUGCUAAGGAGGGAGGUCACAGAGCGUGCUCGGGGAUUGGGCAGCGUCGAGGAAGGUGGGUGGUCACUGGGCGGCGCCCAGGAGGCGCCCGGGUGAGGUGAGGGCGCGCGAGCCGGAGUUCCGGCGGGAGGCCUGUGCUGAGAGCCUGCCCCUUCACCAUGGCCUCGGCCGAGCUGGACUACACCAUCGAGAUCCCGGAUCAGCCCUGCCGGAGUCAGGAGAACAGCCCCAACCACGAUGGGAAGGAAGCAGGGGCCCGCCUGCCUUUGGUGAUUCUCUUGGGCUGGGGUGGCUGUUCGGACAAGAACCUUGCCAAGUACAGUGCCAUCUACCACAAAAGGGGCUGCAUCGUGAUCCGAUACACAGCCCCAUGGCACAUGGUCUUCUUCUCCGAGUCCCUGGGCAUCCCUUCACUUCGUGUUUUGGCUCAGAAGCUGCUUGAGCUACUCUUUGACUAUGAGGUUGAGAAGGAGCCCCUGCUCUUCCAUGUCUUCAGCAACGCCGGCGUCAUGCUGUACCGAUACGUGCUGGAGCUCCUGCACACCCAUCAGCGCUUCUGCCAGCUGCGCGUGGUGGGCACCGUCUUUGACAGCGGCCCUGGUAACAGCAACCUGGCGGGGGCUCUGCGGGCCCUGGCAGCUGUCCUGGAGCACCGGCCCGCCAUGCUGCGCCUGCUGCUCCUGGUGGCCUUUGCCCUGGUGGCAGUCCUGUUCCAUGUCCUGUUGGCUCCACUCACUGCCCUUUUCCACACCCACUUCUACGACAGGCUCCUUGAUGCAGCCUCUCGCUGGCCCGAGCUAUACCUCUAUUCGAGGGCUGAUGACGUGGUCCUGGCCAAAGACGUGGAACGCAUGGUGGAAGCACGCCUGGCACUCCGAGUCCCGGUGCGCUCCGUGGACUUUGUCUCAUCUGCACACGUCAGCCACCUCCGUGACUACCCCAUUUACUACACGAGCCUCUGUGUCAACUUCAUGCGCAGCUGUGUCCACUCCUGAGGUCCUUUCCCGCUCGCCUCACCUCUGCUCCAGAAAUAAACACCCUGGCAUCUCCCCACAACUUACAUCAUAGGGGAGUCCUCAUCUGGUUCACUCCCCUGUAGCCCCUUGGGGCCCUGUGUCCCCAAGUAGAGAAUUCUCAGGGGCCUCUGUCCUGAGGCCUGUGGUAGUCUGACGAACCCAGGGGUGGUCGCGCCUGUGUGUUUUUGUCAAGCUGUUUGGUGAUUCCUGUGGCAUUAGGCUGAAAAGGGGCAACAAAGUGGGUGUGGAGUAUUGAGGAUGAGCCCCAGGGUUGAGCUUAGAUUUCUUGAAAGCAAGAUGAGCUUUGUGGGGAGGUGCCAGGGGUUGGGCCAAGUUGGGACUGCCCCACAGUGUGAAGCACCACUGGGUCUUCACUCAGAGGGGCUCCCCUGACCUCAUGGCAGGGGGUUGAGGGAGAAGUCAGAAGGGGAGAGCUGACAAUGCAGGGGUGAGGGCCCCGCCCACCUCAGUUUGCCAGGAAGCCAUUCGAUCCAGGAAAGUAGCAAGAUGUGUGAUGGGCAGAUGGAGCAAGAUCAUGAAGGCAGCAGUGCCACAUGGGAACUGGGUCUGGCAGGCACCCUAAAGAACAGAACCAGGGCAAAGGUCCAUUAGGCUAAAACAAGCUUAGCUUAUCCAUCUCCUUGAAGGAGAGCCACGUGGAUCCUCUCUAAGCAGAAGUGGUUUCAGCCUCUUAGUUCUGUACCAUUCUGCAAGACGACAAUGAUGGCACCUAGUAGGUACUCAAUAAAAUCUGUUGCUUGAA